GAGUGGAUGUAGGAGAGGACAGUAAAAUGGGCAGCAGGAUGAGGUGAGGAUCCAUAUAAAGAGGGGUGUCUCUGGCGGGGUGACAGAACGACAGGACACAGCCAGCUAGUUCAUCACCAGCCUAGGGAUUCACACAGAAGGUCACCAGAGCAGGACCAAGUAGAAUGACCAUGCGUGGAGCUGUGAUGUGCUGUGUACUGCUGGUGUGUCUGGUGGCCAUGUUUGCUAAACAGGUGGAGGGACACUUCUCUUUCUUUAGCCCCAAGGAGAUGAGGGAGAUGAAGGCCCUACAGAAUAAGCUGGGGAGGAAGGACAUGGAGCCUCAGACAGAGAAUGGACAGCUUCAGGAUGUCACCAUAAAACAGCUGCGUGAGGUCGAUGGCCGAAUUCCUGAGAAGAUCAUGGAGAUAGGGGUUCGACUGACGGCCAAACAACUGGAGCUCGUGGGCCCUGUGCUGGAAGAGAUCAUCAAUGAAAUGGUGGAGCAGGCCGAAUAGAGAGGCGCUUGGGGUUCUACAUUAAGAGACAGCACUUAUACCAAAUGAGGAGACAGAAGACCAAACAAUCAAAGCUGCCAUUCUACUAUAAUUGACCUGCAAUAUGUGCACAGAUUGUUGGUUAUUUUUCAUGGAAAGGAAGGAAGGGAUUUUGGGUGCUUAUAUUUGUCCUCUUUCAGGUCAAGUGUGACCUAGAAAUGUGUUGAAUGAUAAGAAUAAAGAGACAUUUUAACAGA